AUGUCUAGAGCAGAUGCAGGUCGUCUCAUUCACUUAUCCAAAAGACGUGAACGCGCAAAGGAAGACAUGCAACAACAGCUUAAGAAAAUGGAAGAGGAAUCAACGAGAAGAUCUGCUGGCAUAUCAUCCAAAUUCACUGCAAACUAUGACGCCGUAGAGGAACAUCUGAAGUCGAAAACGGUCGGUUUGGUCACUUUAGACGAAAUGCGUGAGAAACAGAAGGACAUGAGCAGGAAUGUGGAAGUUUUCGUCUUAGAAGUUUUUUUUUCAUUGUUUGCUUUACAGAAACGCGUCCUUUCCUUUGCAUUCGAGGAUGAAGAGGAAGACGAAGAGUUGCCAAUCGUUACCAAGAAGAGAGUAGGUAUGGAUCCGACUAUCGACACAAGUUUUCUUCCCGAUAAAGAUCGUGAGGCUGAGAUCGCAAAGUAUGUGUCAACGCAUGAAUUGCUCUUGAUCCCAACAAGAGCGGGAGAAAAACGAAGAAAUUACAGUGAAGGGAAACACAAUCUCGCAAUUCCUUACGUGGGGAGUUGUCUUUCGCAGUUUCCACUAAUCUGUUUGUUACAGGUUCUCAAGAAAGAAUUCACGGAACUUAGGACGUGCGUUUCUGAAAACCUUAUGUUCGUUAAGGAGGACUUGAUCAUACCUCACUUUUAUACAUUUCAAGAUUUUAUUGUGACGAAAGCAAUGGGAAAAACGGGUCCUCUGUACGAGUUUGAUGCUGCAGGAGAUGUCCGGAUACGACAAGACGCUGCUCUUGAUUGUGGGGAAGCCCAUCCAGCCAAGGUCGUUUUGCGUAGCUGGUAUGAAAAGAACAAACACAUUUAUCCUGCGUCAAGAUGGGAGCCGUUCGUUCCAAACAAGAAAUAUGGACGUACUAUAGAUGACUUAUCGACUAUUUGA